CGUCCUCGUCCCCAUCGUCCCCUACACCACCGCCGAUCCAACAAUCUACCAAAAAUGCCCGCACACCCUGAAAUCCUUUGGGCUCAACGCAGUUCCGAGAGCGACGAGAAGAAGAACAUCCUCUAUGUCACCGUGAACCUCCCUGACAUCAAGCCGGAGACGCUCCAGUACGAGCUCACCCCGGCGCACAUCUCCUUCAAGGCGAAGGCGGGCAACGCCGACAAGGGCAUCGAGGAGAAGGAGUACGAGUUCGCGUUCGACCUGUUCGAGGAGGUCAUCCCAGAAGAGUCGGCGAAAAACCUGACAUCGCGCUCGCUCUCCCUGCUCCUCCGCAAGAAGGAGAAGAAGGCCGAGUUCUGGCCGCGCCUCACAAAAGAGAAGGUCCGCACGCAGUUCAUCAAGACCGACUUCUCCAAGUGGGUCGAUGAGGACGAGCAGGACGGUGACGUUCCCGCCGUCGACGACGAGAUGGAGGGCAUGGGUGGCAUGGGCGGUAUGCCUGGCAUGGGCGGCAUGGGUGGAAUGCCCGGUAUGGGCGGAAUGGGUGGCAUGCCCGGCAUGGGUGGUAUGGGUGGUAUGCCCGGCAUGCCUGGCGGUAUGGGUGGCAUGGGUGGCAUGGACCUCGAAGCGAUGCUCAAGUCUAUGGGUGGUGGUGGCGCGGGAGGCCUCGGCGACGACGACGAGGCAGGACCUUCCGGCGCGGAUGGCGAUGACUCGGAUGAUGAUGGCCCCCCGCCGCUCGAGGAGGCCGAGCCCAAAGCAUGAACGUAGUAGACGCACUCAAGUAGAUGGUCGCCAUCAUCCGCGUUUGUACGAGAGGGACGCAGUAUACUCGGACUGGUGGCUUGUAAUGACUCACGCUGAUUUACGAAGAUGCAAAUCUAAUCUUGUGCAAUAUGU